AUGAAGGCCAUUGCUGUCGCAGGUGGCACAGGCCAUGUCGGCCGCACCAUUGUCGAAAUACUUGCCCAAUCUCCAGCCUUCAAGCUCAUUGUCCUGGGUCGUAAGGAGAGUCCAAGUAACCCCGAAGAGCCAGUACAUGUUGCAGUAGAUUAUUCCAACGUUGAGGCUGUGGCCACUGCGUUGGAACAGCACAACGUGCACACAGUCAUAUCCGCCAUCCAAGUCGCAAACGAGGAAGCCUCCGCAGCCGAGGCCAACUUGAUCAAAGCCGCAGGCCAGUCUUCUUCCGUGAAGCGGUUCAUCAUGAGCGGCUGGGGAUCUCUUCCCAGUGAGAUGUCUCCGACAUCCGUCUUUCAGAAAUCCUCCCUCGAGGCACUCCGCAAGACAGACCUUGAGUGGACUCGCUUCGCAGUCGGCUACUUUCUCGACUGCUACAAUUUGACCUCGCUCAAGACUCACCUGCCGCCCUUGUCCUUUGCCAUCGAUGUGGCAAACAAGAAAGCGGCCAUCCCGGGGACCGGCAAUGAGCCCAUCGCGUUCACCUAUACAUACGAUGUAGGCAAAUUCGUCGCCGCUUUUCUUGAAGAACCCAAGUGGGACGAGUUGACUUUUUGCUACGGUGAAAAGACGACAUGGAAUGAGUUUGUCAAGGUGGCCGAAGAAGUGACAGGCUCCUCCUUUGAUGUAACCUACGACCCUCUGGAAAAGCUUCAGAAGGGCGAAACUACCGAACUCCCCGCGCAAAAGGCAGAGCUCGCCCUAUCGCCCUUUCCCGAGGCCCUUACCCGACAGCUUCUGGCGCUUCUAGGCAUCUGGUCCGUCACAGGUCAAUUUGACAUACCGCACGAGGGUUCUCUCAACGCCAAGUAUCCGGAAAUCAAGCCCGUGACCAUUCGAGAAGCACUACAGGAUGGGUGGCGACGUUAG